AUGAUCUACUCCAUCGGGGGUCCCGUCUGGGUGUGCGCACGCACUUUGUUAUCAUCGGCGACGCACUUCGCGGCUCGCCCUAUCCCGACCGUGCGAUCGUUGCCACAUGUCUCGCGCCCUCCCGUAACUGCAUUGUUGCAACGACCAACGGCCCAUUUGAUUACGGGACCUCCAAAACUGGUUGUGAAUCUGGAAACUGUGUUGGAUGAUGCUGAACAAAGUCCUGCACCUGUGCUUCAGCCUGUUUUCGACAGUGUCUCCAACCCCUUCCCUGCACUACCACCCAUCCACUCGAAAGACAUCGAGCGUCGAGUAUUCACCCAUCGGAGCUACCAUGGCCGGCCAAACCAUGUUUUUGAAGAUCAUCUAGGGGAUCCCAGUCCUGACAAUGAAAAAUAUGAGCAUUUAGGGGAUACUGUCCUCAGCCUUGUUGUAACCAAGAUCCUUUUUGAUGACUACCCAUUGCUUCAUGUGGGCCCCUCAACAAAACUUCGUGCCCUGGUAGUGGGUAAUGCCACCCUUGCAAAUAUCUCUUGUCAGUAUGGGCUUCACCAUCACCUGAGGCUUCAUACUGCACAGGAAGUUACACUUAGAGCAAGCCUGAACAUUCAAGCUGAUGUAUUUGAGUCCUAUAUUGGUGGGCUCUACUGUGACCAGGGACUGCCUGCUGUUGAGACCUGGCUGAGGGCCCUUUUCAUACCAUAUAUAAAGGCAGCCUAUGAUCAUGUCAGAACUCAGCAUGGCCUGCCUCCAGCUUCACUUCCAGAUGACAGCUUGACAGCUUUUGGGGACAUGAGCAGGAAGACUGGUGCAAUAAUUGAUGAUGAAAGUAGUGGCUUAACUCGUGGUCAUCUGGCCCUCUUCAAUCAACUAAUGCACAAGAAACAGUUGGAUGUGGAAUGGGUAUAUACCACUAGUGAGGUGGGAGAUAAAAAUGUCACAACUCCAAUUUGGAGUGUCAGAGCUGAAGUUAAUGGAGAGGUGUAUGGGAAGGGUAAGGGGAGGACAAAGAAGGCUGCCAGAAAUGAGGCUGCAAAGAAGGGACUAAUGAAGUUGGGGAUGGACAUGUAG